GUCGACCAUUCAAGGUCAUCUGUUAGUACUUUUCUAAAAAAGCUUCAACAUAUGCUUCAGUUCUCCUUCAAUAGCUUUUAUCGUCCUUUUGGAAUUAGGACUGUCUUCGUUUAUAUCCGUUAAAGGCUGUUACAUACGUGGAUACUUCUUGAUUCGGUUAUAUCUCAAUUCAAUGGUCUUGAAGCCCUAUGAUAAAAAUGAAGUCGAUAAUGAACGUUUAUUAUCAGUUGCAUCCUGUAUAAUUAGAGAUCGUCUUUAUUUCCUAUCUUGCAAAACUCCACCAAGAAGUAAUUCUUCCAUUCAUUUCUUUUCCAUUGAUGAAGAAUUAUGCUAUGAAAAUUUUUAUGCAGAUUUCGGUCCACUGAGUCUUGGUCAACUAUACAAAUACUGUAAUAAACUAAACAAAAAGCUCAAGUCUGGUAGUUUAAACGAAAAGAAAAUUGCACACUUUACAUCACAUGAUUCACGUAAACGGGCGAAUGCUGCAUUUCUCAUUGGAAGUUAUCAGAUCAUAUAUUUGGGACGUACACCAGAAGAAGCGUAUAAACAUUUAACUUUAAAUGAUAAUCGACCAUUUCUUCCUUUUCGAGAUGCCUCUUUUGGUGCAUCUACCUAUCACUUAACAUUGUUGGAUUGUUUAUUUGCUGUCAAUAAGGCUUUACUUAAUAAAUUUCUCGACUUUGAUACAUUUGAUUUACAAGAAUAUGAACAUUUUGAGAAAGUAGAAAAUGGUGAUCUCUCUUGGAUAAUACCAAAUAAAUUCCUUGCGUUUUGUGGACCACAUUCACAAACGAAGAUAGAAAAUGGUUAUCCUCUACAUUCACCAGAAGCUUACUUCCCAUAUUUCCGUAAACGAAAUGUAACCACUAUAAUUAGGUUGAAUAAAAAAGUUUACGAUGCUAAACGUUUCACCAAUGCUGGCUUCGCUCAUUAUGAUUUAUUUUUUACUGAUGGAAGUUGUCCAUCUGAUCAUAUAAUGAAUCGAUUCUUAGAAAUAUGCGAAAAUGUUUCGGGAGCAAUUGCUGUACAUUGCAAAGCUGGUUUGGGUCGUACUGGUACAUUGAUUGGAUGUUAUUUAAUGAAACAUUAUAAACUUACUUCACGUGAAGUGAUAGGGUGGAUUCGCAUCUGUCGUCCUGGUUCAAUUAUUGGACCACAACAACAUUGGUUAGAUUUAAAACAACCAAUUUGUUGGCAAUUCGGUGAAAUUUACAGGGAAAAUCAACGUCAAUUAACAACAACACAUCUGGUAGAAUCAUCCAUGAGUAGUGAUGAAGAUUUCAACGUAACAGAAACAGUAAAAUUACAAAAUGCUGUAAAGAAAAAUGAUUUAUUAACGUAUAAAUCUUCAGAAAAUGGAUUAUUAGUUAAAAAUGGUAGAAUCUGUAAAUCUGUUACUCCAAUAUCAUUGGUUAGGUCCAAUAACAAUUCAAAUGAUCUUGGCAUUAAAAAUGAUUGCACUAUUCCACCUAUUUUAUCUUCCGAAAUUGUGUUUUCAAACAGUCGUGUUCAAAAUCAGCAUAAAAGAUGUUUGAUUAAUAACAAUAAUAGAAAUAAUAAUAAUAAUAUGGAUAUGAAUAUGAAUAAAAACAUCAAAUCGAAUAUCGGCAAUGCAAGAAAAACAACAACCACUACUACUAAUAACAAUAACAAAAAUAACAAUAGUAUCCGUUCUCUUGGAAUUAGUACUGAUAAUACUGGCAGUAGUAAUGAUAGUUAUAAUGACAAUAGUGGUAUUAGUGAUAGUAAUAGUAACAGUCUUAGUAUUAGUAAUAGUAGUAGUAUUGGUAAUAACAGUAGAAGUAGUAGUAGUGCAUCUAUCACUGAGACUCUCACUAAUUCUCCACGAUGUUACAAUAUAACUGUUAAAAAUAUUAAUUUAUCACAAUUAUCUAAUGAUCAAUCAAAAAAUGCAUCGAAGUUAAAAAACAAUAAAUCUUUAUCAAAAACCAAUUCAGACAUUUCAUCUAAAUGUUUUGAUCGUGAAGUGAUUAUUAAUCCAAGUUUAAUUAAUAUACAAAAAUCAAAGAAAUUAUCUAAAUUAAAUUCGAAAUCACGUAUUAGUCAAGGUGAUCAGUUGAAUAGAAUAAAAGCAAUGAGACGUCCAAUGCAACAGCGUUUAUCAGAUUUCCAAAAACGCAGCAAUAUAAAAUUAACAAACAGUAAUAGUAAUUUGAAUCGUAUCUUCAAUCGUGCGGCAAGUAAUCCAACUGAUAUACAUGAUUUGUAUCGUGGUUCUGUUUCAUGUACAUCAUCCAUGACAAAUAUUCAAGAUCAAUUACCUGGAUCUACUCUAACCUAUUCAUCUAGUCCUGACAACUUUAAUAAUAUUAAUUCACUAUACUCAAAAACUAAGAAUAGAAAAAGUGGAAAUGUGUCUCUUAUAUAUUCUGGUAAUAAUGAUUUAAGAACGCAACCUGAUACCUACACAAAGUGUACUCCAUCUACUAUUGCAUCUCUAACUGUUCCACCACGUUUUUCUCGAUAUUCAACUCGUCAGUCGUCAAAUCGUAACAACAGUGGUUCAAUCACAGUUAAAGUACGCAAUAGAAUUGGAGUGAAACGUACUAAACCGACUAUUGAUGAUAAUAAUAUUAAUAAUAAUCUAACUAUUACUGAAAAUAACGUUGAUAAAGACAAGUUGAUUGGUAACUCAGUUUCAUUAUUAGCUAACCGAUCAGUUCCAUCACCAUCAAUGAAAACAACAACUACAAUUAUCACAAGCGAUACUUCAGUACCAAUGACAAUGGAUCAUACAUUAGAACCAAUAAAACAUACAUCAGCAACAAUACGAAAAUCUCUUAAUUUAGGGAAUAUAGUCCCAUUUGCUACUUCUGUUGAUAUCAAACACAAUAGCUGUAAUAAUGCAAAAUGUAAUCAUAGUCAUCACAAUACCAAUUUGACUAAUAUUCCUGUAUAUGACAAUGUUGUACAAAGUGAGUUAGAUCCAUUAAACAAUACGAAAUAUUCUCCAAUGUCUACCAAUAAUCGAUAUAGCUUUAGUGAUGUUUCCAAUCCAGUUACACUGAAUUAUACAGAUAAUUUUAAUGUCAAUAAUAAUAAUAAGAGUCCUGGUUCAAUAAAAACCCCGACAUAUAAUCUUAGAAAAAGUGUUCGCCAAGAACAGCAGCAACAACAAAGACAUCACUUAUGCAAACAAAAAUCUUCCACCACUAGUGAUUAUUUCACUGAAACGAAUCAUAUUCAUUCAACUGUUGAUACUUCUUCCAAUCGUCAUUCUACAAAAUGUCCAGGAACAAAAACAAUCCGAUUACCUAUGACGACAUUGUACUCUCAAGAUCCUUUAUUCAUCCGAAAUAAUCAAUCAGCAACAGCCACAACAGUCAAAUCAUCAUCACCAACAGUUACGUAUUCAAUUAAUAAAACUUCCAGAGAACCAUAUUUUACUAGAUCUGUUCGUGCUCGGGCACUACAUAAUUCUAUGACAGAUUUAUCUGAUCUGUUAAUUGGAUCACAGUUAUCUGAUUAUUCAAAUAAUAGUAGUAGUGGCAGUAGCAGUAUGACUUAUGAUUCUUUACCAUCAACUAGUCAAAAUUCCAAUACAUCAGUUAAUCUUUACACCAGUCCAUCACCAUCAUCAUUUUUUAGUGAACUGUCAGCGUCAAAUAACACUCAAACUCCUUUGUCAUUUGCUUCACUUCCAAUAAGAUUUCAUUUUCGUCAUCCGAAUGUAACAAAGAAUAAUGAUCAAAAUCAUAUUAAUAUCAUAAAAUGUAAACGUAUUCGUGUGAGUUAGAAUGAGAAGCACACAUGUGUAUAUUGUAUGUGUGUGUUUUCGUAUAUUUAUAGUUAUCCAUACGUUUAUCCUAGUGUGUACACAUUAAAUACAGGAUCAGAAUAAUGAAAUAAAAAUGACCAGUUAGUAUCAUAAAUAUGGACAUUCAUCUUAUGCAUUUUAUUAAUAAGAUUACAAUACUAAUAAUAUAUACAGGGAUAAACUGGAAUAAACAAAAUGGAUCUGAACUAUGGAAAGAAAAUAAUAGAAAACAAAAUCAACUCACUUGAAUGUGUAGAAAGUAGACAAAUGCCUGCGUUUCAACAGUCUUUCGAAUUUUCCUGCUGACUUUAUUUUUUAAAAUUGCUUAGCUAUAACUUGUUUCCUGACAUUUCAUUUAAUUAUACAGCUUCAUCUAAACGAAUGUAUUAGUUUUCGUUCUUGAUUCCUCGUUGUUAAAAUAUAAAUAUGAGAUGUUUUCACCCCGCUUUUCAGAUAAUUCUUAUCAUACAUUAAAGUUGUUCUUGUUGAUAUCAUUACAUUACAAUUAAGUCUUUCAUCUUACCAGAAACGUACAUCUUUAUAUAUUCUUAUUUUUGGGUAAAUGUGUGUAAAUUUUAUUGCAGGCAUUUGUUUGUUGCAUUAAUCUUAUUAUCUGAUUUAAUUUCCUGUUAAUUCUAAGAAUUCUCAUUCAUAUUCCUAAAUUCCAAGUGUGGUGGGUUGCAGUUCAAAUACGAUGCACCAAAUUAUUGCUUAUUUUUAAUAUGCUUUCAAGCUACUGAUAUUCAGUAGGCAUGAUGUAUUAUGGUAAACCAUUAAAUUGCACUUUUAUCUACAUAAUCUACUGCAAACCUAUUAACUCUCAUUCAUCUACGUAUAUAUACCUUACAUUGUAUAAAAUAAAUGGUGAAUUAUGUGUUAUGGUACGACAAUUCUAAUAUCCUUUCUAAGUUGAUUUACAAAUGAUGCAUUAUUAAUACACAGCAUUAUUCUUUGUGAAUUCUACUCUUGUUAUCUAUUAAUUUAAGUAUAAAAGCCUACAUAUAUUCAUAUAUAUUGACAUCUAUGAAGUUGGCUUUGUUGUCUAUGUCUGUUCUUUUGAGUAUUUGUGUUUAAUAUACAUACAUACUUCUCAAUAUC